AUGGAUUUUACUGGAAAAGUUGUGAUUGUAACAGGUAAAAUAGUAGGGUAGGGUAGGGUAAAGUAUGGCAUUUGCAAGUAGGAUAGGGCAAGAUAAGAUAAUAUAAUAUAAGGCAAGGCAAGGCAGAAUAGGAUAACAUAGGGUAUAUCGUACUAUAAUAUAGGCUAGGCUAAGUUAGGGCAGGGUAGCUUAUAGUGUCUCAGAUUAAGGUAGGGUAGCUCAGGGCAGGGUAUGACGUUUUAAAGUACAUUAGAAUAGGGUAGGACACGACAAGCCAUGGCAUUUUAAAGUAGGGUGGGGCUAUUUUAGAGCAAGCUAUGGCAUUUUAUGUUAGGUUAGGGUAUUUCAGAGUAGGGUAUGGCAUUUUAUAGUAGUGUAGGGUUUUCUAGGAACGGAUAUGGCAUUUUAAAGUAGGCAAGGAUCUUUCAGGAUAGUUCAUUUUAGAGUAGGGUCGGGUACUUUAGGACUGGGUAUAAAAUUUUAUAGUAAGACAGGGUUGUUUUGUGCAGGGCAUGGCAUUUUAAAGUAGGCUACGUUCUUUUAGGGCGGGUUUUGACAUUUUAGGGUAGACUAGAGUAUAUUGUAUGACAUUUAAUAGCUGGUCAGGGCAUUCUAUGUUAGGGUAGUCUUUCAACAGUUUUAAAUUUAAGUUUAAAAAAUUUAUUUUAAAAAAUAAUUUUGUAUUUCAGGUUCAAACUCUGGAAUUGGCAAGCAAACAGCAUUUGAAUUCCUUUCCAAAGGUGCUAAAGUUACUUUACAUGGCCAAAAUGAACAAAAGCUAAAGGUAAUAACAUUGAGUUUAAGGUAGGGUAGGGCAGGGUACGAUAGGGCAGGGCAAGGUAGGAUAAGGUAGGACAGGGCAGGGCAGGGCAGGGCAGGGCAGGGCAGGGCAGGGUAGGGCAGGGCAGGGCAGGGCAGGGCAGGGCAGGGCAGGGCAGGGCAGGGCAGGGCAGGGCAGGGCAGGGCAGGGCAGGGCAGGGCAGGGCAGGGCAGGGCAGGGCAGGGCAGGGCAGGGUAGGGUACGGUGAAGUUUGGCAGGGUAGGGCACGUUCAAACAAAGGUGGGCAGGGAUUUUCAAAAAUUUUUUAUAAAAAUUUUAAAAGUUGAAAUAUUUUUUUUGCAUUUUUACUUUCCAGGAUACCAUAUCCGGGUUCAUGGCCAAUGAUAUUAACCAUGAUAACAUACAUUAUGUUCUUGGGCCGAUCCAAGAAAAGGAAACCCAAACCAAAUUGAUUAAAGAAACGGUCGAUAAAUUCGGUCGAUUAGACGUUCUAAUCAACAAUGCCGGCAUAUCACACGAUGGUAACUUAGAGUUACAUUCUACUGAGCAAUUUCACAAAGUAAUGAGUAUUAACGUCGAGAGGUAGGAGUGUCAUUUCUUGUUGACAUUGCCAUUUUAGUGUGAUAUCACUGUCCAGAACAGCAUUGCCAGAGUUGGAGAAGACGAAGGGUGCCAUAGUUAAUAUCAGCUCGGUCAGUGGACAAAGACCUGCCUUGUUUUGGCAGUUCUACCGUAUCUCCAAGGCCGCUCUGGAUCAUGCUUCGAAAAUAAUGGCGUAUGACUUUUCUCAAAAUGGUGUUAGAGUCAAUAAUGUUAGGUAAGUUACCCUGUCUUUACAUAUAGACCUAGUCUAGAUCCCUAGCCCAGAGCCCUAGCCCAGAGCCCUAGUCCAGAGCCCUAGCCCAGAGCCCUAGUCCAGAUCCCUAAACAAUCCUCUUUUCACUUAAUUUAUAUAUAUAUAAAUAUUCACCAUAGCCAAUCAAAACCCAUACAAUAUUAAAUUUAAAAAAAGAAAAAAAUUUUAGUCCAGGCGUGACAAAGACCAACUUCAUAACCAGAAACACAAACCUAGAGACAUCUGACAGUCAAUUUAAAAACUAUGAGAGUUUCAUUCCAAUGAAUCGACUGGGCAAACUGACUGAAAUCACUAAUGUCAUUCUGUUUUUGGCAUCGGAUCUGGCUUCAUACAUGACUGGAGCCGUUGUUGUUGUGGAUGGUGGCAUGCUGCUUGGACCGGCUAUUAAGAAGGACUAG